UUAGCGCUGGCGCGGGCCCGAGUGGGCUGCGACCAGGGGAGGGGCGAGCGGUCCAUCUGUAUUCCUGUCCCCCCUGCGCGCACACCCCUUCCCUCGGAGCGAUGGCCGGGAGGCGGUGCGUGCAGACGGGACAGCGCUGCUCGCCCCCCGCGACGACGCCCCCCGAGUGGAGACCGGUCUGGUCCGAUUGCCCGUGCACUUGUUGCAGAAACAGCCAAGGCCUCGGUUCUAGAAGAUUCUGAAGGAGGAAGACACAGAAGCAGGAUGAUCCUAAAGGAGUGCUCCUUUUAAUCCCAAACAGAGCCGGGUCUUCUCUUCCCGCCUGCCCUGCAGCAUGAGAGCAUGACCGGCCGGCGCAGGAGCCCCGCGCCCGGCCCCCGGCCCGCCGCCUGCCGCCCCGGCCACGGUGUGCACAGCGUCUCCUCGCGGUGGUGCUGUUUGGGGGGUUGCUCGGCCCGGGUGAGGAUGUCCCCCUUGCUCUGCACAUGAGUGGUCCAGGCCGACGGGAGCCCCUGCCUCCGACCCCCCUCGCAGACAUGUCCGCCGUGGAGUAGUGUGGACACUUCCACUCAGCUUCUCAGGGUUUCCAUCUUUUGGGGGGGGGCAUUUUCUUCAGUUACUUUUUAAAAUUUCUUUAUGGUUUUGUGGCUGGACGUCCACCACCAAGGCAGACACUAUGGGGGACCAGCAACUGUACAAGACCAACCACGUGGCCCACAGUGGUGAGAACCUUUUCUACCAACAGCCACCCCUGGGUGUCCACGGUGGGCUGAACAACAGCUAUGGGAGUACAGUGGCCGGGGGUGGCAUGGAUGGCCCCCAGGUCUCCCCCAUCUCCCCCCACUUCCCUCAAGAUACUCGUGAUGGUCUGAGCUUACCCAUUGGCUCCAAAAACCUUGGCCAAAUGGAUACGUCGAGGCAGGCGGGCUGGGGCGGCCACGCCGGAACCGGAAACCACGUCCAACUGCGUGGCAACUUGACCAACUCGAAUAUGAUGUGGGGGGCGCCGGCCCAGGUGGAGCCCACCGACGCCUACCAAUACACCUACGCCCAGGCCAGCGAGAUCCGGACCCAGAAGCUCACCAGCGGUGUCUUGCACAAGCUGGAUUCCUUCACCCAGGUGUUUGCCAACCAGAACCUGCGAAUUCAGGUCAACAACAUGGCGCAGGUGCUGCACACGCAGUCAGCGGUGAUGGAUGGGGCUCCCGACAGUGCCCUGCACCAGCUGCUGUCCCAGAAACCCCUGGAGCCCCCCACCUCCGCUCUUCCCUCCCGCUACCAGCCGGCCGGCCAGCAGCCCCACCCCGGCUUCCCAGGUGGGCUGUCCAAACCAGCCCUGCAGGUGGGGCAGCACGCCAGCCAAGGCCACCUGUAUUAUGACUACCAGCAGCCUCUGCCUCCCAUGCCCCUGCAGGGAGGCCAGCCUCUGCAGGCCCCACAGGUGCUGGCCCAGCAUCUGCCCCAGGUGCAGCAGCACCAGUACUUUCCACAGCAGCAAGCUGGGCAGCAGCGGGUCUCCAUGCAAGAAAUGCAGCAGCAGCCCCCGCAGCCGCCACAGAUCCGCCCUCCCCAGCCUCAGCAGCAGCAGCAGACACCCGUGCACCUGCAGGCGCGGCAGGGCCCCAUGCAGAUACCUCAGUAUUACCAAGCCCAGCCCAUGAUGCAGCAGCACUUGCAGGAGCAGCCGCCGCCGCCCGUGCACCUGCAGCCCCCGUCAUAUCACAGAGACCCUCACCAAUACACCCCCGAGCAGGCGCACGCCGUCCAGCUGAUCCAGCUGGGCUCCAUGCCUCAGUACUACUACCAGGAGCCCCAGCAGUCCUACAGCCACGCCCUCUACCAGCACAGCCACGCAACCCAGCCCCAGCAGCCACGGGAGGACAGUCAGCUGAAAGCCUAUUCGAUCGAUAGGCAGACCCCAGCCAUGCUCAGUUCCCACGGGGACCUGGGCCCCCCGGAGACAGGAAUGGGAGAUCCGGCGAGCUCGGACCUGAGUCGGGUCAGCAGUGCCCUCCCCCAUCGGCCACUCCUGUCCCCCAGUGGAGUCCACCUCAACAACAUGGGGUCUCAGCCUCAGCAGCCAUCGCCCAGUGCCAUGUGGCCCCAGAUGCACCUGCCUGAUGGGAGAGCCCAGCCGGGGUCCCCGGAGUCAAGUGGCCAGCCCAGAGGAGUGUUGGGAGAGCCGUUGGAUGCCAAGAACAAAUUGACCUGCUCCAUCUGCCUGAAGGAGUUCAAGAGCCUCCCUGCCCUCAACGGCCACAUGCGGUCCCACGGGGGAAUGAGGGCCUCCCCGAGCCUCAAACAGGAGGAAGGAGAGAAGGUCCAGCCACCGCUGCCGCCUCCGCCUCCACCGCCACUGCCGCCUCCGCCACCGCAGCUCCCUCCUGAGGCCGAAAGCCUCACGCCCAUGGUCAUGCCCGUGUCUGUCCCUGUCAAGCUUCUCCCGCCCAAGCCCGGCCCGCAGGGCUUCACCACCGGCGGCGCCGCCACCCCCUCUGCCAGAGACAAGCCAGCCAGCUCGACGGCGGACGAACAGAUGCCCGUGCUCGUGAGGAUGGCGCUGUCGCCGCCCCGCUCGCCCCCUGGGGCUGCCCCCUGCGUGCCCACUGACCUCGCCCGGAAGCCGCAGCCCAGCGCCGCCAAGGCCGAGGAGCCCCUCCGAGCCGCCCCGGACAAGAAGCGGUUCCGCCACCGGCCCGAGCCCCUGUUCAUCCCGCCGCCGCCCGCCCCGUCGGGCGCCACGCUGUACCAGAGCCAGCUGCGCUCCCCGCGGGCGCUGGGGGACCCCCUGCUCCCCGACCACGCCCGCGAGCCGCCGCCCUACACGCCGCCGCCCAUGCUCAGCCCCGUGCGCCAGGGCUCCGGGCUCUUCAGCAGCGUCCUGGCCGCGGGCCACGGCGCGGGCGCCCACCCGCCGCUGCCGCUCACGCCGCUCACGCCCACGCCGCGCGUGCUGCUCUGCCGCUCCAACAGCAUUGAUGGCAGCAGUGUGACCAUCACCCCAGGCCCUGGAGAACAGACUGUGGAUGUUGAACCACGUAUCAACAUUGGCUUGAGAUUCCAAGCAGAGAUCCCAGAACUGCGGGACGUCUCUUCCCUCGGCCAAGACACACACAAGGCCACGCUGGUAUGGAAGCCCUGGCCAGAGCUGGAAAACCAAGACCUCCACCAACGAGUGGAGAAUCUUCUGAAUUUGUGCUGUUCAAGUGCAUUGCCGGGUGGCGGAACCAAUUCGGAAUUUGCUUUGCACUCUCUCUUUGAGGCCAAAGGUGAUGUGAUGGCUACUCUGGAAAUGCUGCUGCUGCAGAAACCAGUCAGGUUAAAAUGCCAUCCGUUAGCAAAUUACCACUAUGCCGGUUCGGACAAGUGGACCUCCCUAGAAAGAAAAAUGUUCAAUAAAGCACUAGCCACUUACAGCAAAGACUUUAUUUUUGUACAGAAAAUGGUGAAGUCCAAGACAGUGGCUCAGUGCGUGGAAUACUACUAUACAUGGAAGAAGAUAAUGCGGCUAGGGCGGAAGCACAGGACACGCCUGGUGGAAGUCAUCGAAGACUGCAUGACGAGUGAAGAGGAAGAAGAGGUGGAGGAGGAGGAGGAGGACCUGGAGGAAGAUAGGAAAUCACCAAAAGACGAGGAGAGUGAAGUGCCGAAGUCCCCGGAGCCCCCGCCAGUGCCUGUCCUGACUGCCACGGAGGGGCCACCCCUGCAGGCCCUCAGCCAGCCCUCGGGCUCCUUCAUCUGUGAAAUGCCCAACUGUGGCGCUGUCUUCAGCUCUCGACAGGCGCUGAACGGCCAUGCCCGCAUCCACGGUGGUACCAACCAGGUGACCAAGGCUCGAAGUGCUGUCCCCUCUGGGAAGCAGAAGCCUGGCGGGGCCCAGAGUGGGUACUGCUCGGUGAAGAGUUCGCCCUCUCACAGCACCACCAGUGGCGAGACGGACCCUACAACCAUCUUCCCCUGCAAAGAGUGUGGCAAGGUCUUCUUCAAGAUCAAAAGCCGAAAUGCACACAUGAAAACUCACAGACAGCAGGAGGAACAGCAGAGGCAGAAAGCGCAGAAGGCGGCUUUUGCUGCAGAAAUGGCAGCCACAAUUGAGAGGACUACGGGCCCAGUGGGGGCGCCGGGGCUGCUGCCCCUGGACCAGCUGGGUCUCAUCAAACCCAUCAAGGACGUGGACAUCCUGGACGAUGACGUUGUCCAGCAGUUAGGAGGUGUCAUGGAAGAGGCCGAGGUCGUGGAUACCGACCUGCUCUUGGAUGACCAAGACUCGGUUCUACUUCAGGGUGACACAGAACUAUAGAGCCCGAAGGUCACCUCCGUCUUCAUCAAUCAGGAAACCUGGACUGCUUGCUUGUUUUUGUAACCCUUUUAAACUACCUGUUUAAAAAGUGGUCAUUUUAUUCAGGUUUAGAGAAGAAGAAGAAAACUCCAGUUUCUUUUCCUUUUAUCUUUUUAAAUUGUUUUUAUGGGGGACUAGGGGGGAAUAAAUGAUUGGCACAACUAUCUUUAAGAGGUGUUUCAUCCGGGCUACAUUCUCAUUUCCAGGAAGGAAAUGAACCUCACCUUCGUGUUCCAUGGCUUUCCCAUGUCAACCAUCCCAGUCGCCUUCUGUCCCGAGGUUUGCUGUAUGUCUGUGUGUGUGCACAUGUGUGUGUGUGUUUGUGUGAAGCAGGCUACUCUAUACAUGUUGGGCCCUUGGAUCAUGUUUUGCCACCAAGAAUUAUUUUUAUCCAGCCCUGACCUUCCAGGAAGUGUUCUUUUUGUCUUGUUUUGUUCUGUUCCUAAUACAUAUCUUUUUUGCAACAUGGUUCAUGGUCAGUGGAGUUCCGAACUUCCUUGGUACCGCUUGAAGUACUGUGAAGCCUCUCGCUGGGAUUUUGCUAAUUCAUCCACUGGACUAAAGUUGAUCUAGAUGCUAGCCCUGAGCAAUGGGCUCUUCUAACACAUAAGCAAUAGCCAAUCCAAGGAAAAGUGCAUGGAAAGCCAACACACAUGGCUUCAGAUAUGCUUUAGUUACAAUGUGUGCAUUCCAACAACAAAUGUAUUCCUUUCAAGUCACUUCCCAAAGCAUUUCUAGACUUCAGUAAGCUUCCUGAGGCUCUGCUCUGCCUCCCUCUGCCCCUGUUAGCAGGGUUGUUGUUUGUACUUGAAGGCAAUAAAUUUGUCCUAGUCUGGACUUUUUGUGCUGAGUCAAACUGUGAUCCAUCCCACUGUUAGUGCAAGAGUCAGACCAGGAUACAGCCGAUGCACCGACGAGCCUGAUCCUCUCCCUUCCCCUUCGGUGUUAGUGUCACUGAGCAACCCAUGGAGCAGGUCUGAGGGCCUCAACCCUGCCUUGUUACACCCAGCUCCAGGUAAGUGUGGCUGUCCUGCUGGGUGCAUCAACAGCUGGACAUUAGGAGGAAUCUCAGCAGAGAUGAGCCAGGGUUGAGCCUCCUUUACAUUCCAUGCUGCAGAGAACCAGCUGUGGCCCCCACAACCCUACACAGCCAGAGGUUUUGGAAUCUCAGGAAAGCCAUGGACAGUAGGAAAACACGAAACUUUUCAUUUCCAUCAUGGUUGUUUUUUUUUUAGAGCUGUCCUGGGGGUUUCCUUCAUCUGCCCCUUCAACAAGUGAUUCUCUCGUGUUGUAUCUAAGAAGUUUUGAGUGAGCUUCCUGGGCUCUGCACAUGGGCUUCGGGGCAGAAUUGCCACGAAACCACUCAACAGCCGUGUCACUGGCUGUCUCUGCUUCCUUCCACAAGGUCUGAGGUUGAGCCUCGGUGGGGCUAUCAUCUUUGGGAGGCAAAUGUAUUCCUUCUGUUUGCAGACUUGCCCAGCUGUUCCAGCUUUAAGCAUUAGAAAUAAAUGGAAUUACCACUGCAAAAAUAAUAGUAAUAUAUAUAAGUGCACAAUUUAACCUUAGUUUUUCCAUGCAGUAUAGCAUUAGAAUUUCUGACUUGAAAGAACCAAAGAACUCCUCCUUUGUGAGACAGUUCAAAUACCUGCAUUCAUGUUUCUUUAUUAUCAACUAAAGGCAUUGACUUCUUAGUAAAAUUUUGCACUUUUUUUUUUUUCUGAAAUGACUCUGCCUGCAUGUACACGUUGGGUUUUAGCUCCACCCCUACCCCACCCUACAGAACUUUUCUUUCUAAAGGUUAACAUCUUCAACACAGUUACUGUUUACUAUCAGAUGGUUUUUCAUGAGUGAAUUUAGACCUCUUUGAGAAAGCUUGUAUAUAUAUAAAAAAAGUUAACAGAUAUAUUUUAUGGAAAAACCCAUCUUAUUUUCAAAUAUAUUUAACUGCUGUUAUAUUUUAUUAGAGGAAGGUUGUAAAUAUUUUCUAGGAGUUCUAUUGUAAAGAAAAAAGUAUUUUUGAAAAAAAUUAAUGUAAUUAAUAAAAAAAGCAAACAUUUUUAAAUAGUGGUUGUGAUUGCUUCCUGUUUUGGCUUUGUUAUGUUCUAUUAGCCAGUGAUUUGCAUGCCUUCCGUAUCAGGAUGUAAUUUAUUCAGGUUUGCACUAUUAUAAGUUGACAUCAUAAUAUCUAGUUGUGCUUAAUUGUAUUUUACCGGAAUGGAGUCCCUUGGUCCGUAUCAAAGCACUCUGUAUAACAUAUUCAUAAUUUUUUCUUUUGUAAUGUGUGUAUUUUUAAUAAGGAUUUUAUGUAACAUUUUGGCAAAAAAGGACAGUAUUUUCUAGUGAAUUUUAUAAUAACAUUUUGCUAAAAAUGUUUCUUCCUGGGUCAGUUUUUGUUAAGAUGAACCAAAAGUCUUAUUUUACUGGGGGUUAAAAAAAAAAAGUUUGAAGCUUGAAAGCAAAGUUAUAUUUAAACAUCCUAUGUAACAAAUAAAGAUGUUUUAUAGGCUUGUCCUAAAAAAAAAGGUGCAUUCCUUAAAUUUAAAAGGAAGGGGGGAAAAAAACCACCAAAACUAGGGCAUUCUAGGUUGUUUCCUGUCCUGUUAAGAAGGUUGCUUUAGAUGAUCACAUGUUUUGUCAGGAAGAGAACCAGGUGAAUAUUACUUAGGUUCCACUCACUAGCCUUCUCCAAAGUCAUUACAGUUCCUACACAUGGGCAUUCAUGUAACCAAAUGCGCACUGUCAUAUUUAUUUGUGAAAAACCUGAUUCAAUAUUGCAUCAGCUGCUCUGAAAAUAAAAUAUCUUUCUGAGUUUCA